CCCCCCCCCCCGCGCUCCCCCCCGCCGGGCCCGGGAUCCUCUCUCCGCUAGGCGCUGCCCAGCCCCGAGCGCCAGACGGGAGGGGGCGGUGGGAGGCGAGGGGAGGAGUCCAGAGCAUGCGCCCCCAGCCCGCAGCCCCCGGCCCCGAGCGCAGCGCAGCGCGGCAGCCCGCGGCUCCUCCGGCCCGAGCCGCGAGCCAUGUCCCCGCCGCGCUCCGGGGCCCCGAGCAGCUGCUGCGAGCGCCGCCGCCGCCCGGGGAGGAGGAGGCGGAGGGGGCGGAGGCGAAGGCGCAGAAGGCGUGAGUCCCGCGCUCCGGCCCCGGCGCCACUAUGAACCUGCCGCCGGGCAGUGGGGGCGGCCCCCCGACCCUGCUGCGCCUCGGCAGCGGCGGCGGCGGCGGCGCCCACCUUCUCGGCUCGCCCUGCGCGGUCAACCGGCCCAUUGACAUCGUGGGGAAGCGCCGACGCUUUGACCUUGAGAAUGGCCUGUCUUUGGGAAGGAGCCCACUGGACCCACAGACCAGCCCUGGCUCAGGCCUCGUCAUCCAGGGCAACUUUCCUCACAGUCAGAGGCGAGAGUCUUUCCUCUACCGAUCGGACAGUGACUAUGACCUCUCCCCCAAGGCCAUGUCCCGGAACUCAUCCAUCGCCAGUGACCUACAUGGAGAAGACAUGAUUGUGACCCCAUUUGCUCAGGUCUUAGCCAGUCUACGAACCGUAAGGAGCAACUUUGCCGUGCUGACUCGACUGCAGGACCGCGUGGCCAAGAGAGCGUCAGGCAGUAACCCACCUUCUGGCUGCCGGGCCCCUCCACUCCCAGAGGAUGCCUGCCAGAAGCUAGCCAUGGAGACCCUGGAAGAGCUGGAUUGGUGCCUGGACCAGCUGGAGACCCUGCAGACCCGGCACUCCGUCAGCGAGAUGGCCUCCAACAAAUUCAAGCGGAUGCUUAACCGGGAGCUGACUCACCUGUCAGAGACCAGCCGUUCUGGAAACCAGGUGUCUGAGUAUAUCUCUCGGACUUUUCUGGAUAAGCAGCAUGAGGUGGAACUCCCCUCCAUGCCGGCGAAGGAGAGGGAGAAGGAGGAGGAGGGGCCGAUGUCUCAGAUCAGCGGCGUUCGAAAACUGACGCACGGUUCCAGCUUCUCAGCAACCGCCAUUCCAAGAUUUGGUGUUAAGACCGACCAUGAAACACUACUGGCGAAGGAGCUGAAAGACACAAACAGGUGGGGUCUGGAUGUAUUCAAGGUAGCUGAGCUCUCUGGGAACCGCCCGCUGACAGCCAUCAUGUAUAGCAUCUUUCAGGAACGGGACCUGCUAAAAACCUUCCAAAUCCCGGCAGACACCCUGGUCACCUACCUGCUGACACUGGAGGAUCAUUACCAUGCUGAUGUGGCCUAUCACAACAGCAUCCACGCAGCAGACGUGGCCCAGUCUACCCAUGUGCUCCUGUCCACCCCAGCGCUUGAGGCUGUCUUCACCGACCUGGAAAUCCUGGCCGCCAUCUUCGCCAGUGCCAUCCAUGACGUGGAUCACCCCGGGGUCUCCAACCAGUUUCUGAUCAACACCAACUCGGAGCUGGCCCUCAUGUACAACGAUGCUUCCGUUCUGGAGAACCACCACCUCGCCGUGGGCUUCAAGCUGCUCCAGGAAGACAAUUGUGACAUCUUUCAGAACCUGAGCGCCAAGCAGCGGCAGAGCCUGCGCAAGAUGGUCAUUGACAUGGUGCUGGCCACGGACAUGUCUAAACAUAUGAACCUGCUGGCCGACCUGAAGACCAUGGUGGAGACAAAGAAGGUGACGAGCUUGGGUGUCCUGUUGCUGGACAACUACUCCGACCGGAUCCAGGUCCUGCAGAACAUGGUGCACUGUGCCGACCUCAGCAACCCCACCAAGCCCCUGGAGCUGUACCGCCAGUGGACAGAUCGGAUCAUGGUGGAGUUCUUCCAGCAAGGAGACCGGGAACGAGAAAAGGGCAUCGAGAUCAGCCCCAUGUGUGAUAAGCACACAGCCUCUGUGGAGAAGUCCCAGGUGGGUUUCAUUGACUACAUCGCCCACCCGCUGUGGGAGACCUGGGCUGACCUGGUACACCCAGACGCGCAGGAGAUCCUGGACACUCUAGAGGACAAUCGAGAAUGGUACCAGAGCAUGAUUCCGAGGAGCCCAGACAGCAGCAGAGGGGGUGGCCCGGAGGCCCCCCUGGCCAAGGGGGGUGGGGCUGCUGACAAGUUCCAGUUCGAGCUGACCCUGGAAGAGGAAGACGGAGAGCUGGACUCGGAGGCCGAAGGGCCCGGGAGCCAGGCCGAGGAAGGGGAGGAAGAGAACAGCAGCAGCGACUCCAAGACGCUGGCCACGGAUGACUCGGAAUCAGCUGAGGUGGAGCCGCCGUCUCCCGAGGAGGAGGCCAGGCCCGAGGGGGAGAGGAGGCGGCCCCAGGAGCCUGUGGCCCUGGACAAUGAGAGGACGCUGACCCAGGCCAGGCCCAAGAGCCUGCAGGAGGGCGACGGCGCUGUGGAUCACGAAGGCAACCUGACGCUCUACCCCCUGGGAACGUAACGGGCACGGCUGCCCUCUCCCCUCCAGGCCCGGAACCACUUCCCACACAGGACUUGGGGUGGGGUGGGAGGGAUUAUAUCCAUAAAUCCCCCUCCCAACUCUCCCCUCUCCCCCCUCUGUGAUCCCCCCAAACCCCUGAUCCAAACAACUAAAAACAUGAGAAAACAUCCCAGAGCUGGGGCCCAGAGUAGAGGUGGGGUGCUUGGUCUAGAUCUGGCCAGUCUCCUGGCAUCACUACAGUUCCCCAGAGCUAGGGGAAAGAUGGAAGGAAGUCAGGUGGCUGGAGUCCCUUGGGUGGGAGGAAACAGCCUUUGAGACUGCGGAAAGAAAUUGAAAAAAGAAAAUGAAAAAUAGCUUUCUAACACAGCCAUCCAGCAUUGGGAUGAGCUGACUUAAAAGGAAGUGAGCCUCCCUGUCUGGUGGAGGUAUCCAAGCAGAUAGAAUCUAGAAGUCAGAUUUCUGCUUAGGGGAUGAGUGGCCUUCUUCUUCAGCAGGGCCAGGGGGUCCUAGGAGGCCUCUGGAUCCGUUUUCCUCAGCUUGUAAAAAAAUAUGGGUUGAAUCUCAGAGGCCCUUUCCAGUUCGAGACCCUAUAAUCAAGAUGGUUUCGAACCCUGGCCUUAGAAAGUUUGGCCCUUGCCCUGUGUGUUGGCCCUUCCCGCCAGCUCGUGGCCCUCUGCCAACAUCUGGAUAGCUGAGAGUAGCUGGUGCCUUCCAUGGAGGAGCCAUGAAGGGCACUGUCUGCCCAUUGGUGAGGACCAGGUACCCUCCCUCAGUGCACAGCCCCUGGGACAGGAGAAAGAGUGGCUCACCCCCAAGAGCUCUGUCUUAAGGACCUGGGCUGUUCCCGACCUCCCCCAACCCCCCCCCCCUGCAAAGGCGAGAAAAAUGGGCCAUUGAGGAAGAAGUGGGAACAGGGUAUAUUGGGGAGGGAGGGGAGAAAGGAAGUCUCUGGGAGCUGGAGUUCAGCCCAGUGUUGGGAACUUUCUAAGCACCAAGGCUGGUCAAGAGUGGUACGGGACAGAGUGAGCUCUCAGUCACCCGAGGCCUUCAAGCAAAGGCCGGGUGAUUGCCAGGGAUAUUGUAGAGGGGGUUCCUGUUGGAGGGUCCAGGGGACUAGACUCCCGCAAACCCUCUCUGCUUCUGAGACACUGAGUGCUUUUGCCCAGAGGUGAACCCCCACUGGGGCCCAGACCAGCACUUCUCCCUUUCCAGACUAUUUCUAGGUGCAGGCCCCAACUCCAGCCUUCUGCUCCCCCCAACCUAAGUGGGGGAAGGGGGGAGGGGAGAGAAGACACGGCCAGCACAAAAGGAACUGCAAUCCUCCCCCACCUUCCCUCCUGCUCCCCACGGGUGGGCGGAGUAGAGCCUUGGACACUGCCGUUUAAUUUAUUUUGACACUGGCUCACAUGAUUUUAAGAUUUUUUUGUAGCUCACUUUUUUUUAAAGUAAAGACUUGGACACACACACACACACACACACACACACACACACACACACACACACACACCUCUCCAGGCGCUUAGCCAGGGAGGAUCCAGGCUGUGGGGUGCUGACUGUUCAGACUGGCCUUUCCCCAGGACUGAGGGGAAGGGGAAGGGUUGCUUGCUCCAGUGAGUGGGAUCCCCUGGUUGGGGGGGAAAGGUAUGCCUUUUGGUGUAGUGGGCAUGUUAGGAGGCCUGGGUUCUAAGCCUAGCUCUGCCCCUACCUCACUGUGUAUCUUGGGCAAGCCAUCUCCUCUCUGGUGGCCUCAGUUUCCCCAACUAUAAAAUUGGGGAGACCAGGUUCAACUAGAUUUUCAAGUUUUCUCAUGCCUCUGACAUGUCCUAAGGUCCCUCCCAGCUCUGACCUUCUGGGUUCUAAGGGCCCUCCCAGCUCUGACAUUCUCUGUUCAAAGGGCCCUUCUCAGUUCUACAAUUCUGUGUUCUAUGUUCUAAGCUCUCUCUUAGCUUCAACAUUGUAAUCUAUGUUCUAAGAUCCUCCCAGAAUUGUGUUCUGUGUUCUAAGGUCCUUCCUAGCAUUGUGUUCUGUGUUCUAAGAUCCUCCCAGCAUUGUGUUCUGUGUUCUAAGGUCUCUCCUAGUGUUGUGUUCUGUAUUCUAAGAUCCCCCCCAGAAUUGUGUUCUGUGUUCUAAGAUCCUCCCAGCAUUGUAUUCUGUGUUCUAAGGUUCCUCUCAACAUUGUGUUGUGCUCUAAGUUCUUCGUUCUGUAAUCCUAAGAAUGACACCUAAGCUCCCUGUCCUGUCUCUCUCUCACCCUUGUGUUUCUUCCUUGGGACUUCUCAAGUCCAGGCUGGCCACUACUGAGAUUCCUCAGGUCUCCAGAAGCCACAGUCCUAGAGUGAGGGGAGGUGAGGUGAGGUGAGGUGAGGUGGGCCUGGCCUGGGGUCUCAGUGAAGGGCUUUUCCUUCCUUCCCUUUCCACUCCUCCCUAGGUCUACGCCUCUCUGGCCAGGACCGACACCCCCCACUGUCUUGGGAGACUAAGAGGGAAGGGGAAGAAACUUUGAUCCUAAAGGAGCCAGUUGGUGGUUGGGGAGGAUGGUGUGGCCUGGACCACUGUAGGGCUCUGGUUAUGGGCUUGGGGAGGCCACCCCAAGCAGGUGCAUCUGUUCUGGCCUCCCCCAUGGCUCUGCCUGGUGUGGUGGGGUAAGGUGGGGACCACCAUUCCACCGGGCUCAGCAGAGAGACCUGAGGAGAGAGUCCCCUCCCAUCCCCCAAACACCCACCAGCCUCAUUACCUGUCCUGGCUGCUUUUCCACCUAUUGUGUGUAAGGUAGACUUCAGAUAAAAACAAAAUCUUUGACAGCCUGA